AUAUUGCAGAUUGCAAUAACCAAACUGUACACUUAAUGUGCAUUUGCAAAAAAAAAAAAAUAAGUAAAAUAUCAAGUGUAAUUUUGUAUAGUUGAAUCAAGUAUUGAUUCACCUUGAUAAAAGCUCAAAACCUUGAUCCUGCAUGCUGUCUGCACAACUUAUCUACACUUAUCAACAAUAAAUAUUGCACUUGAUUUAUAAUUUAUAAUUUUUUGUUAUUAUCAUUAUCAUCACAUUAUUAUUGUGCUUGAUAAGUGUUAAUUGUAAAUGGCUGCAUAUAUUAAUCGCACUCUUUCAAUGAUUGGAAGUGAUAGUCAACUUCGUUAUGAUGCUAGAACUGAUAAUUCUCCUCUUCAGAUAUUCGUCAAGGCUAAAAAAAAGAUAAAUGAUAUUUUUGGAGAAAUUGAGGAUUAUGUUCAGGAUACUGUUGGAUUUAUGGAAUCAUUGAAAAAUGAACGUGACAUUAUUAAUCAGGAUGAAACAGAAAGUAUCACAAGUUAUGUCAAUAAAGUUCAUGGUAUUCGAGAUGUUCUUCAAAGAGAUCACAUGAAAGUUGCAUUUUUUGGAAGAACAAGUAAUGGAAAAAGUACAGUUAUAAAUGCCAUGUUGAGAGAUAAAAUAUUACCAAGUGGUAUUGGACAUACGACAAAUUGUUUUUUACAAGUUGAAGGAUCAGAAAAUGGUGAAGCAUAUCUCAUGACUGAAUCAUCAAAUGAGAGACAACCAGUUAAUUCAGUUAAACAAUUGGGACAUGCAUUGUGUGAAGAAAGAUUAUGUGAAAGUACAUUAGUUAGAAUUUUUUGGCCAAAAGAAAAAUGUCUUUUACUACGUGAUGAUGUUGUCUUUGUUGAUAGCCCGGGUGUUGAUGUUACACCAAAUUUAGAUGAUUGGAUUGAUAAACAUUGUCUAGAUGCUGAUGUGUUUGUACUUGUUGCCAGUGCUGAAUCAACAUUAUCAAGUGCUGAAAAAAAAUUCUUUCACAAAGUUUCAGAACGUUUAUCAAAUCCAAAUGUUUUUAUUUUACAUAAUCGUUGGGAUCUUUCAGCAGAAUCUGACUAUAUUGAAAAACUGGUCAAUGAACAAAAAAAAGUAAGAGAACAACAUCAACAAAGAGCUGUUGAAUUUUUAUCAAUGGAGAUGAAAGUUUAUCCAGAUGGUGAAGCAGCAGAGCGUAUAUUUUUCAUAUCAGCUAAAGAAACACUUCAAGCUCGUAUGCAAGAACAAUGUGGACAACCAGCUCACAAUGGUGCACUAGCUGAAGGUUUUCAAAAUCGUUACUUUGAAUUUCAAGAUUUUGAAAGAAAAUUUGAAGAAUGUAUAUCAAAAUCAGCUGUUAAAACAAAAUUCGAACAACACUCACAACGAGGAAAGCAUAUUGCAACUGAAAUACGUCAAACACUUGAUGAUAUAUUAAAUAGAACACAAAAAAUGAAAGUUGAUCAAUUGUCUAUUAAACAAGAAGUUCAUGAUCGUUUAAAUUAUACAGAACAAGAAUUAAUGUCAUUAACACAAGAAAUGAAAAAUAAAAUUCAUCAAAUGGUUGAAGAUGUUGAACAACGUGUAUCAAAAGCUCUUAAUGAAGAAAUACGUCGUCUUGGUGUACUUGUUGAUGAAUUUUCAGUACCAUUUCAUUCAGAAGCACUUGUUUUAAAUGUUUAUAAACGUGAAUUACAUAGUCAUGUUGAAAACGGAUUAGGAUCAAAUUUACGAGCAAGAUUAAGUACAGCACUUGCUUUAAAUAUGGAAAAUUCACAACGUGAAAUGACAAAUCGUAUGUCAACAUUAUUACCAGAUAAUAAAAAAGCAUUAACUGUUAAUAUUAUGCCAAGAAGAGAACCAUUUGAAAUAUUAUACAGAUUAAAUUGUGAUAAUUUAUGUGCUGAUUUUCAAGAAAAUUUAGAAUUUAGAUUUUCAUUUGGUAUCACUGCAUUAAUCAAUAGAUUUGCUGGUAAACAAGGAAAUAAAUUAGCAGUUGCUAAUUAUCCACAAGAUGUACCACAAAGUUUAUCAUCACCAACAGACAGCAUUGAUUCAACAAAAUUCAUGACAAAUCCAAUUAGUUUUCCAUCGAGAAAUGAUGACUGGUCAUUGGCAACAAGAAUUGCAAUUGCAUCAAUAACAUCACAAGGAACAAUGGGUGGAUUAAUUGUUGCUGGAUUUAUGUUCAAAACAGUUGGCUGGCGAUUAAUUGCAGUUACAGGUGCAAUAUAUGGUGCUUUAUAUUUUUACGAACGACUUACAUGGACAAAUAAAUCAAAAGAACGUGAAUUUAAACGUCAAUAUGUUGCUCAUGCAACAAAAAAAUUAAAAUUAAUUGUUGAUUUAACAUCAGCAAAUUGUAGUCAUCAAGUACAACAAGAAUUGUCAAGUACUUUUGCAAGAUUAUGCCAUUUAGUUGAUGAAUCAACAACUGAAAUGGAUGAUGAUUUAAAAACAAUUGCAUCAACACUUAAAACACUUGAAGAAGCUGCAACAAAUGCCAAAGUUUUACGUAAUAAAGCAAAUUAUCUUGCAAAUGAACUUGAGCUAUUUGAUGCAGCAUAUAUCAAGUCAUUAAAUUAAUUAUACAAAUUUGAAUUUUAGGAAUUAUUAUUAAUUUUUUUUCUUUAAAUCAAAUUAAUUUCUUAAUUAGAUUUUUUUUUUUCUUUCUUUUUGAUAGUCAUCGAUAGAACUGUCAUUGUUGAUUUAUUACUUUUUUCUUUUCGUUUCUCUUUUAACUGAUCUAAUGAAUUUUGAUAUUAAAAUUAAUUUUUUUCUUUUUUUUUUUUUUUUUUGCUUAUAACAUUGUUUUAUUUAAGAUGAAUUAUAAUGUAUCUUAGUAAAUUUGUCUAUUUAAUAAACUGUUUAAAAAUUAUUAUUGUUUAUUGACUUGUUAAUUAUUUCAUUUAAAAAAACAAAUAUAUCUUCUUGUAAAUUUAAA